AUGGAUUCUCAAGAUCUUAAUGACAUGGAUCAGGAUGAUAUGUGUGAUGAUGGCAUGAGCAGUGAUAUCGAUGAUAGAGCCAGUGAAACAGACUCAAAGAAAGGUGGUAGUCGUAAUGGUGAUGGAAAAUCUCAAAGUGGUGGUGGUGGUGGUGGUUCAAAACCCAGAAGAGCACGUACAGCAUUUACCUAUGAACAAUUGGUAUCGUUGGAAAAUAAGUUUAAGACAACGCGCUAUUUAAGCGUCUGCGAACGUUUGAAUUUAGCACUAAGCUUAAGUCUAACAGAAACACAGGUAAAAAUUUGGUUCCAAAAUCGUCGCACAAAAUGGAAGAAACAAAAUCCAGGCAUGGAUGUGAAUAGUCCUACGAUACCACCACCAACCGGUGGCUCUUUUGGACCAGGUGCUUAUGCCAGCAGUUUACUUUAUUCACAUGCUGUUCCCUAUCCACCAUAUGGACCCUACUUUCAUCCGCUUGGCGCGCAUCAUCUGAGUCAUUCUCAUUCAUAAAAUUGCAAAAUGCAACAUAAAUUGUUGCAACUCAUGGAAAUGCGUAAAUAGCGUAAUUCAGCCAAGAUAACUGAAGCCAAAGACGAAAUUUUUUUCAUAAUUCUAAGAAAAUUCUAUGUGAUGAUAACGUUAGACCGGGCCAGUGCAAAGUUAGGAUAAAUAAUAAUUACUACUUACAGUGCUCGAGUAAAAAUUACUCUCUUUUAGUG